AUGCAUAAUGGGAAUUUACCAAGAGGGUACAUGCAAGAAUUAUCACACAAAUUCAAUGUACACAAAUCAACAAUCACAAGGGUUUUCAAGGACAUUCAAAAACAGUUAGAACAAGGUGAUGUGAUUGAUGUCAAGUCCAAGAAGUAUGGCAAAACAGGGCCUAAACCAAGGGAAUUUACUAAUGAAUUCCUACAGUCAGUGCCUCUACACCUUAGGCAGACAGAGAGGAGUUAUGCAGCAGCAUUGAAGAUAUCUCAUGUUACUUUUCACAACUUUAAAAAAAAAAAAAGAAGGCUCAGAACACAUACAAGCAGCAACAAGCCAGCUCUCACAAGUGACCACAAAGUUGCAAGACUGAAAUGGAUUCUGUCUUACAUUAAUCCUAUCAUUGGGAAUGAAGACCCUAUAUUUGAUGAUAUGGACCAUGUCAUCCACAUAGAUGAGAAAUGGUUCUAUCUUAAUCCAGAUAAAAGGAGAUUCUAUCUCCUUUCAAGUGUGGAAGACCCACACAGAGUUCAACAGUCAAGAAGAUUCAAACUGAAGGCAAUGUUUAUGGCAGUAGUGGGAAAGCCAUUGUAUGGGAGAAAUGGGGAGCUACUACAUGAUGGAAAAUAUGGCAUGUUUCCUUUCACAGUCAAAGAGCAAGCAAAAAAAUCAAGCAAAAACAGGCCUGCAGGAACAUGGGAGACCAAGGCAAUACAAAAUGUGAACAGGGAGGUCAUUAGGGAAAUGUUGCUCACAAAAGUAAUACCAUCAGUCAUCUCAAAAUGGCCACAAAGUCUAAGCAAAAAUGUCACAAUACAAUGGGACAAUGCAAGACCACACCAGAUACCCAGAGAUCAAGAAUUCAUUGAAGCUACUACAGCAAAUGGGUUCAACAUUCAACUGGUGUUUCAGCCACCCCAGUCACCAGACUUGAAUGUGUUAGACUUAGGAUUGUUCAGGUCUAUUCAGUCACUGCAGUACCAAUCAUUUCCUAGCAACUUGGAUGAGCUAGUGGACAAGGUCAUUGAGUCUUAUGACACAUUCAAACCAGAGGUGAACAAGUACAUUUGGAUCACUUUGCAAAAAUGCAUGAUCAUGAUACUGCAAGCAGAGGGGGGUAACAAGUACAAAAUUCCUCAUAUGAACAAAAAAAAGCUUGAGAAUUUGGGCAUUUUGCCAGACAAGGUGGAGGUGCAAAGGGAUAUAGUGCUGGAAACUAUAGAGUACCUAAACACAUUGUUUAGGCCAGCCACUCAAGGGACUCAAGAUGCAGCAGAAGAUAUGGAAGUGGAUGCAGAUUAG